CCCGGUGAGAAUAUUUAGUUUUCUUUCAUGUGUGUGCAUUUCAAGUAACGGAAGAGAAAAACAGAAUACAACAUCAAACUUUAUCCCUCUUUAUUGUACAUCAUUAGUUGAUCUCCUAUUGAAAAGAAAAUAUCAUCGAACAUACACUGGACUCAUGAUGGAUGUAAGUGGUACCGAUCCACGAACAAGAACUGGACUAUUUCUAUGGCCAUGGGCAAGUUAUCCUGCUGUUGCAGCGAAUGCUGCUGUCGGUGCACAUGCACAACCGAUUAUGAUGGGUGCAAGUGCUGGAGCAAUGAGUGCUGUGCCUGGCUCCAAUAUGUUAGGUGUAUCACAUCCAGGCUCGGGGUCUACAACUAUUCCUGGUAUGAUUGAAGAUCCUUUUGAAAGUUUUUGUCAACGUUUCUCUUAUUCUGGAGCGCAUGCAGCUCAUAUGUCACAUAUACUACCGCAUCAGCAUGUUGGCUUGAAUGAAGCACGUCAUUUGACACAAGAUCAUGAUGGAGGUGACAAUAACGAUAAUAAUCGUCAUCCAAACCAUUCACCAUCGAUUAACCAUGCUCGUGCACAUAUUACAUCACAACGUCUACUCUCUGGUCAACCUCGUGGUAAUACUAAUCAUAUACACCAGCAUGCUCACAGUUCAAAUGGACAUAAUGAACAAUUGAAUGAUACCGGGAACAAUAAUCCUGUAGUUAAUGUCACCGGUCCAAAUAGUCAUGCUGCAGCAAUUGCUGCUUUUGCAUCAGCUGCGGCAAAUUCAGCUAUCAUGGGGGCAAAUGAGUCGAAUAUAGGAAAUUCUAAUGGUCUAUCCCUACCACAUGGUAUACAGGUCCCGCGUCAUGUACAACCCGGUUUACGAAAUCCUGGUACGAAUGAAAUGGUUUUAGACGGUCUCUGUAAUGGUUUCGCUAAACCUAGCCAAUUUUCUACACAAUUACAGUCUAGUGUAACAAAUGUUUUAAACAGGCAGCAGUCAGCCUUAUCACCACGACAAAUCACUUCCGUUAACUGUAAUAAACUGCAACCUGAUUCUAUAACACCGUACAAUUUACACUGUCAUCAUCUGAAGAGUUUAGGCAAUCCAGCAGCUGUUGCACUGGCCGCUGCAGCUGUAGUCAGUGGUGGCGGUGGUGGGGAUCAUCUACACUUUCAAUCAACAUUAAGUAAUGAACUUCGAGAUAACUUAACACCAGCUGUUAAUAAACAGCAUAUGGAAGAGCAGAACUCAUCUGGGAAUAAUAACAACACUGGGAACAAUGGCAACACAAGACCAUCACAUUCAAAUAAUGACAAUUAUUCUCUUUCUCAUGGGCAGCAGCAACAACAACAACCACAGUACAUAUUUUCGCCUAAAAGUCCUCUAUCCGAUUCCUUAGAAAAUCCUGGCACAGGUGAAUCUAGUGCAGCUAUUGAUCAUGGAACAGGCAAGUCAACUCGUAGUAGUAACAAUAAUAAUAACAGUGUUGAGAAUAAAAGUAACAAUCGACUACUUUCUGCACCACAACAAGACAGAAUCAAUAAUCUGAUUUUUAGAAAUUCUUCUCUUAGAGCUUCUGAGUGUUCCCCUGAGUCAACAACUGCAGCAGAGCGACGUUCAUCGGAUAUGUUAAUGGACGACCCAUUGACAACUCCAAGAGAAGAUAAUACCAGUACAUCUAAUAGUAAUAAUAAUGGUAAUAAUAUGCGUGUAGAGUCCAGAUUUCUUGGAAUUAAUCAAGAGGAAAAUAUAGCACUUAAUGGUUUGUGUAACGGUGAAGGUUCUUUAUCGUCAGUUCUUUCUAUCCCCAAUGCCCAUACAUCAUAUCAUCCACCAGCUAAAGGCUACAAAUGCAAAAUAUGUCAACACGUAUGCUUUUCACGUCAUGAUUUAUCAGCGCAUAAUGCCGCUACUCAUAAACAAGAUCCUCGACCGUAUAGGUGUGAACAGUGUGGAAGACAGUUUUCAACAUGCGCUUAUCUAUCACAACAUAGGCGUAUCCAUACCGGAGUGAAACCAUAUGCUUGUCGUUAUUGUGAUCGCCGUUUCACUCAGUUGAGCCAUGUACAACAACAUGAAAGAAUACAUACAGGCGAGAAGCCUUAUCGUUGUACAACAUGUAUGAAGAGUUUUACACAAAUGUCUAAUUUACAGUCACAUCAACGUCAACAUAUGAAAGGUAAACCAUAUCGUUGUGAACAGUGUUUUAUGUCAUUUGAUACAAAAGAAGAAUUAGACGUUCAUGUACAAGCAAAGCAUUCGGGUAACCGAUAUGCGAAGGUUUUAGUAUGCCCUAUAUGUACGAAGAGUUAUAAUUCGGAGACAUAUUUAGCAAAACAUGUGGAUCGUCAUAAAGAGGCUGCUGCAACAGCUGGUAUUGAUGGGAAUGGAUCAAACGCUAAUAAUAAUAACAGUGGAAAUAACAGUAGUAAUAAUAUGAGGAAUCCAACCUGUGUAGAUAACUUAUUUGCUGCUGGUUUUCAUAAUCACUCUGUUGCAAUGGCUGCAGCUGCUGCCUCAGCUCUUAGUCGAGGAAAUGUCAUGGAGCAUGGUUCACAUAUCACUGGUGGUGCUCGUCAUCCACAUGGGACAGGUGGUGGGAUUGGAGGUAUUCAUUCACAUAAUCCACAUCCAGCUGCUGCUUCAGCUGCGGCAGCGGCUGCUGUUGCUGCUGCUCACGCACAUCAAGACUUACAUUUACGCGCUGUUGCAGCAGCUGCGGUGGCCAGUAGUAACGGUGUAGGUGUUGAUGUUGGAAAUCGUGGUGACAUUGAAGAUCCAUGCGCAUUUUUUAAUUCAGCCACAAGUGAGACAAGAGGAACUAGUCCAAAUGGAUGUGAUUUAUUACCUAAUAAUGCAUUAAAUUAUAGUUCAAUGUCUAGUGCUGGACUUUUUCACCACUUACCGGUAGGUAUACACGCUCCAAAUGCUGAAAAUUUAGCUGCAGCUGUUCAACAACAAUGCGUUACAUCACAUCGUCAUCAACAAGCAGCAAACAAUGCCAGACUAUCACAUUUUCAAGAGGAUAACCAACACGUAAGCCCUUUUGGACAUUCAAAUAUGAAUAAUAUGUCACCAAAUCAUCAUGCACAAUCUCAACAGCAGCAACAACCACAGUACAACCAUCACCAUCAACCAGCACAGCAUAUUCACUCUAACCAACGUACUGUUCAUUCAUCGUCCAAACGUCAGUCUAAUAUGAAGACAUCGAGUACAAAUACGACAGCACAUUCACCAACAUCGAAUAAUCAUAGAUAUUCGGAAUCUCCAGCGACAAAUGAUUCACAAACCCAACAGCCGCAGCAGCAACAACAACAACACCUGCUUAAUUUAACACAACAUCGUAUGACUAAUUCAAAACGUCUUUGUUCACCAGUGAUUGAAUCAUCAGCAACUAAUUCUUCAACAAUAUCACCACUAGAUCGAUAUAUCUCCACGCCGACUACCUCAACAACACCGACGACGACAAUGUCAACAUCAGUGGAUGGUUCCAUUAAUACUGGUGAUAAUAAUAAUAAUAAUAAUAAUAAUAAUAAUAAUAAUAGUGGUAACACUUCAGUCCAACAACAACAUUCACAUAUUCAUUCUAUGCAUAGAGCACAUAGUAAUAGUAGCGGUGGUAGUAGUAAUGACAGUAUGCCUAAUCAACAUUCAAUUAGUGAAAAUAUGCCACAGUUGCCGCCACCAGCUCAUCAACAUUGUCGACAAACUAAUCAUUUAACUGAAUCGAAUCCCUUAUUUAUGAACGGCAAUACUACUACUACUAUUACGACUAAUGCUAAUAAUAAUAAUAGUAAUAAUGAUAACGAAGAAUUGUCGGAAACAAGUUCCAGUACUACAACUAAUAAUAACCACCAACAAAAACAACAACAGCAACACAUGUCUUUGUCAAAAAUGAAUUCCAAUCAAACUUUUACUUAUAGUCAUAUGAAUAAUUUUUCAUCUUCCCCAACAUCUCCAAGAUUGUUGACUUCAACUGGUUUAAUAACAUCAUCUGAUACACUGUUAACAACAACGGCCACGGUAACAACAGCACCGAUAGCAUCAAUGUUUCGUCAAAGCAUGAAAACUAGUCAAGAUAAUUAUGAAAAAUGGCCUAACAAUCGGAAUAGUAUAGAUAUUGUAAACAGUUAUGCUAAUGGUUUGGAUAAGCAUAGGAAUGAAGAGAACCGUGGUAUUGUGAACAAAAGUGAAAUCAGUGAUAAUGCUGAUAUUGAUUCAAUUGCAAACAAUCAUCAUUUAAGCAAUAAUGAUACAAAUAAGGAUGAUAUUAAUACACCUAAUCAUAUGUACGAUUUUUUAUUCCACGGAAAUCUAAACAGUGAUGUUAAUGAACAAGGCGAACAAGAGAUUAUUAAACCGAUUCAAGACAAUGGUGAUGAUGAUAAAGAUCACUUGUCUGAUAAUGAGACCAGUUGUAUACUGAAUUAUCGAAAUAACACUGAUGAAGUUAAACAAGGCAUAAUAGAUUCUCAAACAACUUCAUUUGGUCAAGAUGGAAUGAAUUCUUCGUCAUUGUCACCGAUAUCACAGAAAAUAAUUUCUAGCAAUGGUAGUCUUCAUGGUAGAACACCAUUAUCCUCGUCUUCAACAUCGUCACCAUGUAUUGACCCUGUUAUAACGAAUGAUAUUAAUUCUGUCGGUUUAGAAGAUGUGAAUUACACACAUCCGAUUGAUGAUAGAUGUGGUGUAAGUGACUCUAUCAACACUGCGACCCCCACUUCCACUUCUAUUGGUAUUGAAUCUAUCUUGAACAGUCAUCAGUCGUCUUGUAUAACAGCUGAAGUAGGAGGUCAUUAUGAUCCAGAUACACUGAAAUCAACUAAUGUAGAACAUCUCUUCUCUAAUAAUGUUGAAAGUCAUGACUUGACUGCUUUGAACAAUACUAUCACUGUUUCUGAAAAGCUAGGAAUGAGUAAUGACGAUGGCUAUUCAGUAGCACUGAUGAAUAGAACACUUAAACGUAGCUUUUCAAACAGGGAAUUAUACAACCUUAAUGAACACGAUGGAUUUCAGAAUAACCGCAAUAAAGAUCAUGCUGAAGUUCAAGGGAUGAAGACUAUUGAAUCAUAA